GCAGCGCCCAGCCGGUGUUUUUAUCGAAGUGGUGCUAAGAAAGCAGCAAGAUGAACGAGCUUGAAUUGUCUUGACCUCUGUUUCUCGUAUCAGUGCAAUGAUUAGGUUGUAGCGAAGUAGGCGGUGCGUGUUUCCGCGCGUUGUUAGUGCCCAGAGUGUCCGCGAAGACUCCCGAUGCCAACCCCGGGAAUUUUGUACACCACUACUUAUGUGUCAGCUGAGAGCCAUAAAUUGGCAAUACUGUCUGACGUUACAGUGGUGUCGUUACAGUGGUGGAAUUUGUUGUGGCCAUCGCCCAUUUGUGAGCACCAUGGCAUCGCACACCGUUGCGCGGACGGUAUGGGACCCAGAAGCUGCUCUGUUCAGGAAAAGAGGUGUCAGCAAUGCUCUUAUUGUCCUGAACCAGCCCCUAAGUGCCCAGAAUACGGCGUUUUUAAAGAAAGUCUGGAGUAAAGCAUCUGUGAAGAUGUGUGUUGAUGGAGGAGCAGACCGUUUCCGCACUGCGAUGGCCACUUGUACAGAUGAGCUAAUUCCAGAUUAUGUCACUGGAGAUUUUGACUCUGCAUCAAAAGAGACUCUCGAGUACUACAAAUCAAAGUAAGGUAGCAUUGUGAUUCACACGCCAGAUCAAGACUACACCGACUUCACCAAAGCACUGCAAAUACUUGGAAAGAACACCUGUUUAAAAGUUCCACCUGUCAAGCUGGACUGGGUGCUGGCUAUCUGCGGCAGUUUUGACCGGGUGGACCACAUGAUGUCCAUCUUCAACACACUAUACGAGAGUGAGAAGUUGUUGGAUGGUGCACCGGUCUGCCUUCUCCUGGAAAACUCGCUCACGUGGCUGCUCAGAACGGGCCAGCAUCGCAUCCUCACGCCACCACACCUGACUGGAUCGUGGUGUGGUCUGAUCCCAGUUGGAGCACCGUGCACCAGUGUCACCACCACCGGACUCAAGUGGAACCUAGACCACUCGGAAAUGAGCUUUGGCAAGCUGAUCAGCACUUCGAACGCCUUCGAUGGCUCGGAAUCUGUGACUGUGAAAACCAGUGGGCCUCUCAUCUGGACCAUGGAGUUGCAGAGGCAUUGCGUCACAGAAGCACUAUAGUCCAAUAUGUGUGGAGCUGUUGCUCUCUCUGACACUGUUUGUUGAAACAUUUUAACUGUACAUACAAAUGCUGGGAAACAACCAAGUCUGAGAGAUUUCACACAUUUAGUGUUGUUGGUUAUAGCUUUUGUUUCUUUUAACCAUAUUUCAAAAUAAAAUAGGCAACUUUUAAAUUUUUUUUGUUCAUAAAGCUUAAGAAGUUUUAUAUUAAUAAAGAUUUUUUAAAAAGUUCACAAA